AUGUAUUAUGGUACAUCUGAAAGAACUAUCUACUACUAUGGUACAACUAAAAGGAAUAUCUACUACCAUGGUACAACUAAAAGAACUAUCUACCACUAUGGUACAACUAAAAUAACUAUCUACUACAUGUAUUAUGGUACAUCUGAAAGAACUAUCUACUACUAUGGUACAACUAAAAGAACUAUCUACCACUAUGGUACAACUAAAAUGACUAUCUACCACUAUGGUACAACUAAAAGAAAUAUCUACUACUAUGGUACAACUAAAAGGACUAUCUACUACUAUGGUACAACUAAAAGAACUAUCUACCACUAUGGUACAACUAAAAUAACUAUCUACUACAUGUAUUAUGGUACAUCUGAAAGAACUAUCUACUACUAUGGUACAACUAAAAGGAAUAUCUACUACUAUGGUACAACUAAAAUAACUAUCUACUACAUGUAUUAUGGUACAUCUGAAAGAACUAUCUACUACUAUGGUACAACUAAAAGGAAUAUCUACUACCAUGGUACAACUAAAAUGAAUAUCUACUACUAUGGUACAACUAAAAUGACUAUCUACCACUAUGGUACAACUAAAAGAACUAUCUACUACUAUGGUACAACUAAAAGAACUAUCUACUACUAUGGUACAACUAAAAUGACUAUCUACCACUAUGGUACAACUAAAAGGAAUAUCUACUACUAUGGUACAACUAAAAGAACUAUCUACAACUAUGGUACAACUAAAAUGACUAUCUACCACUAUGGUACAACUAAAAGAACUAUCUACUACUAUGGUACAACUAAAAGAACUAUCUACUACUAUGGUACAACUAAAAUGACUAUCUACUACUAUGGUACAACUAAAAUAACUAUCUACCACUAUGGUACAACUAAAAGGACUAUCUACUACUAUGGUACAACUAAAAGAACUAUCUACUACUAUGGUACAACUAAAAGAACUGUCUACUACUAUUAUAGUACAACUAAAAUGACUAUCUACUACUAUGGUACAACUAAAAUAACUAUCUACUAUUAUGGUACAACUAAAAGGACUACCUACUACUAUGGUACAACUAAAAUAACUAUCUACUACAUGUAUUAUGGUACAUCUGAAAGAACUAUCUACUACUGUGGUACAACUAAAAGGAAUAUCUAG